AUGUUUAUUAAAAUUCUUAUUAUCAUUUCAUUUCUCAACAAUUUUGCAAAUGCUCAAGUAUGCACGCCGGAUGUAUGUAAUAAGCAUGGUACUUGUAUUCCAAAUACAUUUAAUUCAUUUACGUGUCAAUGUGAUCCAGGUUUUGCUGGAUCGACAUGUAAUCAAGAAUUAGAUGAAUGUGCAUCAAAUCCAUGUGCGAAUAAUGCCACAUGUACUGACUUAGAGAAUGGUUUUCUUUGUCAUUGCUUACCUGAAUGGAAUGGUACUUUAUGUACAGAAGCAAAAAGUAGGCUUCGUUUGAUUUAUCCAUGUCAAUCAUCACCAUGUGGUUCAUUUGGUAAAUGUAUUUCAACAAAUCAUGCACAUAUUCCUUAUUAUUGUCAAUGUCCUGAUGGACAAAAUACAAUGUUUAAAUGUGCUGAUCCAAAUCCAUGUCUACCAAAUCCAUGUGGCCCAGGUGAAUGUGAAAUAACUGCUAAUUUACUCAAUGGAUAUAUAUGUCGUUGUUUUGAUGGUACUAUUCAAAUGACAAAUUGUUCGACACCUAAAAAUCCAUGUAUAUCAAUGCCUUGUGGACCACAAGGACGAUGUUUAACUAUAAAUGCAGCACCAAAAGGAUAUAUGUGUAUGUGUCAAGUUGAUGGUAUUUCUUAUACAACUAUUGAUACAUGUCCAACUACUAGUUCAUUUUGUACUUACAUGACGUGCAAGAACGGUGGCACAUGUGUACCAUUUUCUGUUGAUGACCCAUCAUGUAAUAUUGGUCAAAUUGGUCCACCGAAUUAUACUGGUUUACGUUGUGAACAAGAAAUUGAUUUGUGUUCAUCAAAUCCAUGCAAAACUAAUGGACGUUGUUCAUCAGAUAAUUCUGGUUAUCGAUGUCAAUGUUAUGAAGGAUAUAUGGGUCAAAACUGUGAAGUUCGAAUAAAAAGCUCCGGUUGUGCUUCAAAUCCAUGUACAGUUGGUAUUUGUUAUCAAUUAAAUCAAAAUGGAGCUUCUUAUGUUUGCAUAUGCCCAGAUGGCACACUUAAUCUUUCAUGUAAUUCACCUAAUUCAACAAGAAAUUUUUAUACAUUACCAAUACAACCAACAACUACAAUGACAUCAUUCAUAUUUGGCAAUAGUUUAAAACCUCGAGGAGCAGGAAGUAUAAAUUCGGUUCCUACGGUUUCAACCUGUAGUCCAAUGGCAAGAGAUACUUGUAAUGGUGGUCAAUGUUUAAUGACGGGUACAGGAGUAUAUGCAUGCCGUUGUCGUGAAGGUUAUACGGGUGCUUAUUGUGAAAACAAUAUUAAUGAAUGUGCUUCAAAUCCUUGUUUCGGUGGUGGUACAUGUUAUGAUCUUGUUAAUGCAUACGCAUGUUUUUGUCCUGAUCGAGUUUUUCGACCACAAUGUGGUAAUACUUCGUCAACUAGUAAAGAUACUAGUUCAGGUUUAAGAAAUGAAAUAUCGACUACGCAAGAAGAAAAGCCGUUUCAAAGCGAAUGUCUUUGUCGUAAUGGUGGUAUAUGUUAUACGAAUUCAGCUAGUGGUAAACUUUGUCAAUGUUCUAAUGGAUUUACUGGACCAUUUUGUGAAACAGUAAUUACAUCUCGUAUGAAAACUGGUCAAUUUAGCUGUAGUCAAUCAUGUGAAAAUGGUGCUACAUGUCAAGAACAAGGAUUUAAUACUAUUUGCAUUUGUAAACCAGGUUUUACUGGUCAACGAUGUGAAAUAGAAUAUUUUCGUUGUCAAGGUAAUGGUCGUUUUGCUGAUGUAUCACAUUGUAAACAAGGACGUUAUUUUGAAUGUGUUUAUUAUGGACAAUAUGAUUUAAAUUUACCAAAUGGAAUUCUUUAUAGUCGUAAUUGUCCACCUGGUCUUCGAUUUAGUACAUUAAGCGAUCGAUGCGAUUAUUCAAGUGUUGUGCAAUGCUAA